AUGAGCAGUGUCAACUCACCUCUAUCCUCUGACAUAGACAGUCCAUCCAUGCUGAUUCAAGACCUCAAGCAGCCUAUGGACGUAGCUGAGUACCUUUUUCGCCGGCUGCGCCAGGCCGGAGUGCUCUCCGUCCAUGGCCUUCCUGGAGACUACAACCUAACAGCCCUGGACUACCUCCCAAAGUGUGGUCUCGAAUGGGUUGGAAAUGUAAACGAGCUCAAUGCUGGCUAUGCUGCCGAUGGCUACGCUAGGAUCAAGGGCAUCUCGGCCCUCGUCACCACCUUUGGCGUUGGUGAGCUAUCAGCCAUCAACGCUAUCGCUGGAGCCUACGCAGAAUGCGUCCCAAUCGUCCAUGUCGUCGGCUAUCCCUCAACGGUCGCCCAAAAGAACGGACUACUUCUUCACCACAGCCUCGGUAAUGGCGACUUUGGCGUAUUUGCAAAGAUGAGCCGCCAUAUUUCCUGUUCUGUAUCGAUUCUGGAGGACGCUCGCGAGGCUGCUAGCCUAAUUGAUGAUGCUAUUAGGAAGUGCUACACCCUGUCGCGUCCUGUCUAUAUUGCUCUACCCACCAAUGUUGUCCAGAAGAAGGUUGACGGCGAGAGGUUGAAGGUCCCGCUAGACCUCGCUCCUCCCGCGAAUCACACGGAAGCGGAAGAGUACGUCGUCAACGUCAUCUUGGAGAACCUCCGCUCUGCCAAGAAUCCUGUCGUUCUCAUCGAUUUACUCAGACAUAGAGCUGUGGCUGAGGCCUAUAGGUUUGUCGAAAAGUCGGGAAUACCAACUUUCGUUACACCCAUGGGUAAGGGCGCUAUCAAUGAGAGCUUGUCGAACUACGGAGGUGUAUACGCUGGAGAUGGCUCAAGCGCUGGUGCUCGUGAGCGCGUCGAGCGUUCAGACCUUAUCCUCAACAUUGGUGCUUUCCAGUCCGACUUCAAUACCGCCGGUUUUACACAUCGGACCCCUCGGCACAACAGUAUCGACUUCCACAGCCACGGAGUGACUGUUAGAUAUUCAGAGCACCCCGGCGUCAACAUGAACGGCGUUCUUUGUAAACUCACCGCUAGAUUGUGCGAGCUGGAUAUCGAGACCGGGUCCGUUCCAAGCAACAUCACUCCGGCAGAGGCGGUCGAGAGCUCCGAUCCGGUCGAGCGCCUUGACCCGGUCAUCACUCACGCCUGGCUCUGGCCAAGGCUUGGCCAGUGGCUCCGACAAGGCGACGUCGUCGUCACGGAAACCGGCACUGCCAACUUCGGCAUUUGGGGGACCCGCUUUCCAAAUGACGUCGUCGCCAUCUCGCAGGUGCUGUGGGGCAGCAUCGGCUACGCCACCGGCUGCGCGCAGGGCGCUGCUCUUGCUGCUCGGGAGCUCGGCCGCGGGCGCGAGCGCGUCAUCCUCUUCACCGGCGACGGUUCCUUCCAGCUGACGGCCGUGGAAGUGAGCACGAUGAUCCGCCACAACCUCAACCCCAUCAUCUUCGUCAUCUGCAACCACGGCUACACGAUCGAGCGCUUGAUACACGGCCGCGAAGCAUUCUACAACGACAUUGAAGAAUGGGAUUACAAAAUCCUGCCUGCCGCCUUUGGCAAGUCUGAACGCUUCGAGACCUACCAAGUGAAGACCAGAGAUGAGCUUGAGAUGCUGUUCGCUGACGAGAGUUUCGCCACGAGUAAGAAACUCCGCCUUGUUGAGCUGUACAUGCCGAGUGAUGAUGCCCCUCGAGCAUUGAUUACGACAGCCGAGGCUGCUGCCAGGCGCAACGCUCAGUCUGAUUGA